AUGAAUUCUCUUCAUCGUGUAGUAGGAUUGAUCAACAGAACAACGAUUACAUACCCAAUUUCUUCGAGGGUUUCGCAAACCCGUUUGAAUUUCCCCUCGAUCCUCGUCGAUUUCAUGUCCACGAAAUCGCGAAACGAUGAAGACAAAUGGAACGACGCCUGGGAAUCAGCUUGGCUGCCUGAUGAUCUCACGGACAAGAGCCGGGCACCGUGGGAGUCGGACGUGAACUUCCCUUCGACGGAACCGACGGCGGCGGUUUCGUUGCCGGAGGAAAUCGAUGUGGAGGCGAAGGCGUUCGUGGAGGACAUGAACGAGCACUGGAACGAGAGGAGAGGGAAAAGCGGGAAAGAGGAGAAGAAAGAGAGGAAAGAGAUCGAAGGGGAGUCGCUUUACAGCUUGGAGACGAUGAAGAAGGAUUAUAGAUUGAAGAAGCAAAGAGUUCACGCGUCUUUGUGGGUUAAGGAGAUCGAGAAGUUGGAGGAAGCUAAGAUGGGAGAUUCAGGAUCUGGUGGAGCUGAUGAUAUCGAUAGAUUGCUCGAUAGCUGCUCAGAGAUUUUCGACUCGGUAGACCAUGAUUUUGACAAAUUGGAAGUCUCGAGUGGAACUGAGCUGAAGAACAAGCCUGAUGGUUGGGAAUCAACGGCAAAGGAGCAAGAUGGGAAUCUCUGGGAAAUGUCACAAAGAGAAGAAGACAUUCUUCUCCAAGAAUUCGAUCGCCGGAUUGCUUUCUGCAAAUUUCAGAUAGCGAGUUUUAUAAAGCAGCACAUAUUCAGCAGGAGGAGACCGAUUGAUGGGUGGAGAUAUAUGAUCGAAGUGAUUGGUCCUAAUGCAAGAAAAGGCAAAGGAAGUGUUUCUAGGCUCCCUGCUAUGUCGGAUGUGUCGACUCAGCCCUUUAAAGAAGAUACUGGCAGUCUCAGCACCUUCAAGCGCCGGUCGAACAGAGAUUCGUGA